GCUCUGCUUCCUGCUCUAUAUAAACCCUCUCUUCCCUCACUGCAGACACACUGCUGAUAAAUUUCACCUAGAGAUCACGCUGCGCAAUGGAUAUUUAUUUCCCUUCUGGCUUUCCAAUGUGUAGAGGAAUAACAGGGCUCUCAAACAAUUGCCUAGAAAGGGCCAAAAGAUUAAAGGCAUGCGUGGGUGGAUUUCUGCAGAGACAAGACUUGAGCAGCCUAUGUAAAUAUAGAAAACCAAGGUUGACCUUGGAGGAAUGUCUGAUGUGGAAACAGUCUUUUGAGAAGCUUCUGUCCAGCAAACAUGGACUGUAUGCCUUCAGAGCUUUCCUGGUAUCUGAGUUUAGUGAAGAAAACAUUGCUUUCUACCUGGCCUGUGAGGACUACAAGAGCACAAAGUCUGCAGCUAAGAUGCCAUCCAAAGCCAAGAGGAUCUACGAGGAGUUUAUCGGAAGUGAAGCUCCAAGAGAGGUUAACAUCGAUUACGAGACUAGAGACAUUACUCAAGCCAACUUGAAAAGCCCUACGGCAUCCUGCUUCGAUAUGGCCCAGUACCGCAUCUACAUUCUCAUGGAAAAGGACUGUUACCCACGAUUCCUGCGCUCCGCUGCCUACCGGAAUCUAGUCAACCAGCUCACAGUGAAGAGCGCUAAGGCAAGAAGCAAAAGGGCCAUUGCCGCCAGACCACCAACUGAAGAUGAAGAACCGAAAUGAAAAACGUAGAUGCAUUUUGGUUCUGCAAUAGGUGGAAGCUCGGGCAAGAAGUGGAAGGGACCGCUGCAGACCCUAAAAAGGCUGCUUGAGGUGGUCUUGAGUGCCAUGAAGAGACGAAGAGAAGAGCAUCACGGAAUCAGAUUGACUGCAUUCCCAGAUCCCCUUAAUAGUGUCCAUGAGAGGGAACGGAAGAGCUGCUGGCGAAGAGAGAUGCAUCUGCACAAACACCUGUAACUCAACACAAAGGAGAUACAGACUUUACUGAAGCAUGCAUGAGCUUAAAAGCACAUAGCAUACUUUUGAAAACAAUUUAUGUGUUUUGUAAACUUUAUACAAUGAAGAAAAGUGUUUGGAUAUUUAAUGCAUUAAUUUAUUUAAUUUAUUUAAAUCCUUUUUUUAUAUAAAUCACCCCUUACAAAUAUGAUGGUAAACAGGUGGUAUCUUAUUUAAAAAAUAAAUAAAUAAACAAAAUAAUAUUAUUAAAAUCGUCACGAAAAAGACAAACCUUUGAUUAAUUAAUUCAACCUUUUGAAAUGGAAUCUUUUUAAAGAUAUUGACAAUCUGUCUGGACUGAGAUAUAAGGCUUAAGAAUGUCGGUGUACUAUGUAUUUUAUUGAUUUUUUUAUAUAUGUUUUUGUUAACUAAAUUUUAAAUGAAAGUGAAUCAAUUUUUUGCAUUAAAGUGAUAAUGUGCUUUCA